CAGCGGCGGUUUUAUAUCAGAGCCUCUCUCACUGUCUCCAUCUUCGCAUUCUUUUUGAUCAUUCACAAACUCAUCGAUCACUGAAUCAACCCAUCAAUCUCGAGCUCUUCGGAAAUUGGCCUCUCCAUUGCUUUAAUCCCCGCAUCAAUCCAAGGCUUGUAUAUCUUUUCGAAUUUUGGCACUACAUUCAAGAUUAUUUGAUUGAGAUUUUGCCCAAGAAUUCAUUGUUUAAAAAUGGCUACAAUGAUUUCUAGGGGAAGUAGCCUGUUACCCUCCUCAAUCUCAAUUCAAGAAAGGGGAAGUAGAAACAAGAGGAAAUUUCGAGCCGACCUAAAUUUGAUCUCAUCGCUGUCUGAAUCCACAAAUUGUUCCCAAUGGAAGAAGACCAGUCAAAUGAGUGUGAUUUGUCUAAAACCCAUGACCUCAUGUCCCCGGUAGAAGAGGUAGAACAAGAGCAAUUUCAAGAAGCUGAAUGGAGCAAUAUAUUUCAAUCACAACUCGAAGAGAUUGCGCUUGGUUCUUUAGACAUGAUAUUUCAGUCUGCAAUCACAAUGAUUAUAUCUCAUGGAUACAGUGAGGAGAUUGCUACAAAUGCUGUGUUGCGCGCCAGAUCUUGUGAUGGUAGUAAAGACAGUGUUUCUAAUGUUAUGGACAAUGCAUUGACAUUUUUGAGAAGUGCACAAGAGGUGGAUUCUUCUAUAAGAGAGAUUUCUUUAGAGAAGUUGAAGGAGAUGGAGAGAAGCAUUUUGCACGAGAUGGUUCACGUUGUUAGAGAUUAUACGCCUUCCUUUAGUAGAGGAGAUGCAAUGUGGAAGUUGCUGAUUUGUGAUAUGAAUGUUUCUCUUGCUUGUGCUGUGGGGAGUGAUGAGAAAAAAAAGUUAGCCCAUGAGUCUAAUUCUUUAUCUCAGCCUUAUAAAAGCGACAAUACCAAUGCUAAUUCGAUCCCAAAGGAUGAGAUGGAUGAGGUACUUCAUAAGUUAAAUUCUCGCGAAAGGGAAUUGCAAGCUCGGUUGCAGGAUUGGUCGGAGUGGGCCCAAAAACAUGUGAUGCAGGUUGCUGGCCGGUUGGCAAAGGACAAAACUGAGCUACAAAGACUCAGACAAGAGGAGGUGGAAGUUGCUGGUCUUAUGAAAGAUAAGCAGUCUUUUGAGAAGAAAAUAAAAGAGAUGUUGCAGGGUCAAAGAUGGAAUCAUCUAAGAAUAUUGUUCAAUUUGGAAAAGGCACUUGCCGAUGCUAGGAAACUGGAACGAGAGAACUCCAAGCUGAAGAAAAAGGAGGAGGCUGCAAAAUUGCAGGAUGCUGAAUCAGCAGCAAGAUUGCGAGGAGCUUUGGAAAGGGAGUCGAAUAACGAAAAAAAGUUAGUGUCAGAGAAGAAGCAGGAGGCACAGCUUCAGGAGGAGCUUGCAGCUGAGAAAAAGAUUUUCUUUCAGCUACAGAAGGAGCUUGAGAAAGCUAAGGAGGAUCAUGAUCAAGUCCAGGCAAGAUGGAAGCAAGAAGAAAGAGCAAAAGAAGAGGCACUCAUUCAGGUUAACUCUCAAAGAAAAGGGCGGGAACAGAUUGAAGUCUCAGGGAGAGCAAAGGAGAACGAGAUGAGAUUAAAAGCAGAAACCGAUGUGCAAAGAUACAAAGACAAUAUUAAGAAGCUCGAGAAGCAGAUUGAACAGAUAGAGGUAGAAAAGAGAAAGGAGAAGAAUGUCGAUGGAGUUUCUGAGUUCUUGGAGUUCUUGAGGUUUGAUCAGGUGCCGAGACACAGAGAGUGUGUCAUGUGUGUGCACGAUGAGAUCUCCGUAGUUUUCCUUCCUUGCGCACAUCAAGUGUUGUGCGAGAAAUGCAACGAGCUUCACGAGAGGUUGGGGGUGAAGCUUUGCCCUUAUUGUAGAACCCUCAUUGAGAAGAGGAUUUUGGUUCGCGAUGUAAAUAUUUAGCCUUCUGUAUGCAUUACAAACUCGUGAUUCUGAAACUGUGCAAUAAGGAGUUAUACAUAUCGGUUUUUCCUCCCCCAUCAGGAUUUAUGUCUCAGUUGAUGGUAUUUGAUCAUUUGGUUCCUUUUGAUGUAAAUGAGUUAUUUUAGUUCGUCUCUUAUCCUUGAUUAAUAGAUGGUUUGUGUGUAUUUUCCUGCGGUUUUGUAGGAAGGCCGAGAAAGAUGUGUUCUAGUAUUUUCUUUUCCUGAG